GUCCCACACCCGCCCUCUCGGGCUUCGCAACCGAUUCCCGAAUACAACAACUCAGCGCGGGGUUUUACCCCACUGAGCUUUCGAACUUGGAAGUUUCGUCCUAGGUCUUGAAUUCGGCUCCACGUCUCCCAGUCUCGUGGUCUUUCCAUCUUAGUGUAUUAUUGACGUCGGGAUUGGCGUCGGCUUUGGGCCCAUGAGCGGAGCGGUUGGGUUGGAUGGGUGAGAGCCUGGAAGCCGCCCAUCGUAAGGUAUUUCCUUACCCCUAGUGUUACGUGCUUUACGGAGCUACCUGCAUCCGAUCCCCUUCCGAUGUAUUCUUGAAGUUUGUUUUGUAGAUCUCAGUGCUCAUCUCCUGAGCAUUUAUCUCAGUUGCGCAACUCAUCCUUCCUUCAUACGGGUACCAAUUCAUCCUCCCGACGUAGAGCCCUGCCUUCCCCUUCCCCUAAUGGCCUCCACAAGAGUAAAAGCAUCUGUCCUGCAUGGGGCUAAGGACUUGCGAGUGGAAGAGCGCGAGCUGCCUCCCCUAGGCGCCGAAGACGUGCAAGUGGCUGUCAAAGCAACGGGGCUCUGCGGGUCGGACCUCCACUACUUCGGCCACUUCCGCAACGGCGACAUCCUGGUGAGGGAGCCCCUGACACUGGGCCACGAGUCGGCCGGUGUGGUGACGGCCGUCGGCGCCGGCGUCACUUCACUGCGAGUAGGAGACCACGUCGCGCUCGAGGUUGGCCAGCCAUGUGAGCAGUGCGAGCUGUGCCGGGACGGCCGGUACAACAUCUGCAGGGAGAUGAAGUUCAGGAGCUCGGCAAAGGCAUAUCCUCAUGCCCAGGGCACCCUCCAGGAGCACAUCACACACCCGGCGAAAUGGUGCCACAAGCUUCCAUCAGAAGUUUCGCUUGAGCUGGGAGCUCUGGCCGAGCCCCUUUCCGUUGCCCUGCAUGCCUCCGACAGGGCACGCCUCAAGCCCGGCUCGACGGUCCUCGUCUUCGGGGCCGGAACCGUCGGCCUUCUCUGCGCCGCCAUCAGCAAAGCGGUCGGCAAUGCCGUAGUGGUCAUUGCCGACAUUCAGGAAGACCGGGUCAAGUUCGCUGUCGAGAACGGGUUUGCUGACGCGUCCAUCGUCGUGCCCAUGAAGCGGCCCGAAACCGUCGAAGCGAAGCUCGAGUUUGCCAAGGAGGUCGCCGAGGCUGUCAAGUCAACCACCCACAACGGUCAGCCUCUGGGCGAGGUAUCUGCCACAUACGAGUGCACCGGCGUAGAGGCGUGCCUGCAGGCUUCUAUCUAUGCCACGGCUCCCGGCGGCCGCAUCCUGCUUAUUGGCAUGGGCAACCCCAUCCAGACAUUGCCUAUCUCGGCAGCCGCCCUGCGUGAAGUCGACCUUGUCGGUGUCUUCCGCUACGCCAACACCUACCCGCGCGUGAUCGAGCUGCUAGCCAGCAAGAAUCCGCGUCUUCCGGAUUUCACAAAGCUCAUCACGCAACGGUAUGCCGGUAUGGAGAACAUCCCGAAGGCUUUCGAUAUGGCCGCGAGGGUGAAGGACGACGAGGGAAAGCUGGUGCUGAAGGUUAUGGUGGACAUGUAAAGGACAGGACAGGAGGUCAGAUUUGGGGGUGUGUUCAGUCGCAUGAGCAUUAAACACGACCAUUCUUGGGCUGAAAAGACCUUCACGCUUAAAAGAGAAAAUAUUUCCAA